CAUUAAAGCUGCGGUGGCGCGCGGCUCGCGCUCGUUUCACCCCUCGAAAGAAGACACGUGAACCGUGACCACGUGGAUCUGUGCGCGACACACGAGCACGAGCUUCCCGCGAAAGCUCCACGGUGGCUCGAAGGUAGUGUUCUGGUUCCUGGCUGACAAUAGAGGGAUUGUGGAUUGCCAACCGUGGACGCGAGAACAACCGUCAACCUGGAGCCCACGUGUCAAAAACGACGGAAAUGUGAGGCCGACGGAAAGGAGGCGAAGGCGGAGCUGCCACAACGCAAUAUGUUCCCUAGCGCUCAAAUUAAAAUGAGAUUGCUGUCGCCAAGCAGUUCGCCGGCCACGUCGCCCACAAUGUCGAAUUCCUCAUCGCCGACGCCUCCGACGCCGGCCGCGCCGGCCUACAACCAGAAGAUGACCGGAAUACCCUGCGUGGCGGCUGCUUCCAGGUACACGGCCCCGGUUCACAUCGACGUAGGCGGUACAAUAUACACGUCCUCGCUGGAAACGUUGACGAAAUAUCCGGAAUCGAGGUUAGCAAAAUUGUUCAAUGGCAGCAUCCCCAUCGUUCUAGACUCCCUGAAGCAGCACUAUUUCAUCGACAGGGACGGAGGGAUGUUCAGACACAUACUGAAUUUUAUGAGGAACUCCCGUCUCCUUAUACCGGAGAACUUUGCCGAUUUGGAUCUGCUGCUGGAAGAAGCGCGGUACUUCGACAUUGCACCCAUGUGCAGGCAGCUGGAGCAGAUGAAGAAGGAGCGCAUAAAAAACGGCUCGACGACGACGACGACGACGAUGUCCUCGUCCUCGCCGAGUCCACCGCCGUCCAACCAACUGGGUAGCCGCGGAACGGGGUGCACGACGGUGCCCUGCAACCGGGACACCGACAAGCUUCGCAACAACGACGGAAACUGUAACUACGAGUGCGUCGCCCUCCACGUCAGCCCAGAUUUAGGCGAACGAGUGAUGCUGUCGGGAGGUCGAGCGCUGCUCGACGAGGUGUUCCCAGAAACUACCCAAGCUGUGAUCGACGCUAGGUCAGGAGUCGCCUGGCACCAACAGGAUGCCCGUCACGUGAUCAGGUUCCCAUUGAACGGAUACUGCAAGCUGAACUCCGUCCAGGCCAUCGCAAGGCUUCUGAACGCUGGUUUCCGCGUGGUGGCCAGCAACGGCGGCGGCGUCGAGGGACAACAGUUCUCGGAGUACCUGUUCGUCCGACAAGCCGUCAACACCUGACGGAGCACUGCGCACCAGCGCAAAACGAGCUCGAGGACGGUUCGUUGCAUCCAACGCGACCACGACCCCGAGUGAGUUGUCCAGGAGAAGACUCGUCAAGACUGCGUCACGGGCUAAUGAUUCGAUCGUUUCUGGCGACGAUACUGAGCUUUCGGGGAUCGUUUGACUGAUGUCGCAAUUGUGCGCUUGUUCUCGUUCCCCAGGUCGAGACAGGUGAUAGAGGGGACUGUAUCUUAUGAAUGAGUUCGAGGAAGGAAAAAGAAUUGUUUGACUGAAUGGUUUGGGGAUCAUUCCUUGUAGGAAAAAUAUGUUGCAUUGUUUGAUCCUUUUGAUAAUCUUACGACAGAGUAGAAGGAAACUAUAUUGUUAAUAUAAUUUUCCCAUGGUUUUA